AUAGUUGUGGCAUUUUGCAGUUCUUUUGGGUCAAACCUCCAAACAAGUAGCUACAUAUGGGAAAACAUCUUUGCACUUGGAAUUUCUAUCUUUGGUCUGUUAUUAUUUCUUUAUUUCAUUGGAAACUUGCAGAUAUACUUGGAGUGGAGAACAACAAAAGAACAAAAGUGGAGAAAACGACAAAAAAGCCUUAAAAAGUGGAUGGACAAACACGACUUUGAUAGAACAACAGGGGACAAGAUUAUUGACCACAUGGCUAAGAGCUAUGAUGCAGACGAUGACGUUCAUGUAGAGACCCUUAUCCCUGGUCUUCCUCGUGAACUUCGAAGCGCUGUCAACUGCCAUAUCUGCUUAAAUCUGCUCAAGAGUCUGAAAAUCAUAAAAGACAGUGGGUUGGCCAAGCAUGAGUCACUGUUGCUUAAAAUCUGCGACUCUCUUCAACCAAUGUUCUAUAACAAGUACUGCUACAUUGUUAGGGAGGGAGACCCAAUUGAUGCGGUAUUCUUUAUUACAGCUGGCACUGUAUGGACUUAUACAAGCAAUAAUGGUGAAGGAUCUGAGUCUCAACAUACUGAGCAUCUAAAAGAUCAGUACUUUGGAGGAGAACUUCUUGAAUUGGUUUUGACAUCUACCUCCGGUGACAUAUCCAACUUAUCAAAAGUCCAAGUUUUUUCAAAAACCCUGAAAACAUACACAAAAGUGGAAGCCUUUGCUCUAAUGGCCCAUGACUUGAAACGAAUUUGGCAAUCUAACCGUAUCAAUCCAAGUGCUCUAACUUGUCCCAAUUAAGUUCAGAGUUCUAGGCAGCUUCACUUGUACAACAAAUCCGGCACCGCAAUCACCCGAAGAUGUAUGAUAGUGAUAGCGUUGGUGGUAGUUUGAUCAAGAAAACUCCAGAAUCCAGCAAAGCCUGACAGUACUAUUGUUGCAAAGCAAUAGUUUGUUUUGAUGUAUUUGAAGUAUUUAGUUUUUAUAGUCAUAAGGUUGCUACUUGUUUGGAUUCUGAAAAUGAUAAUGGUAGAAUUAUAAAAAGAGUAAUGUGUGAAACAAUAAAUUGUUUAGGGUAACAUUUUUCAAUUCAAAUAAGGA